CGCCAACGGUCCGCCGUGUCCUUUGGCGCCAUCUCCUGGUAGCUCCUGGCUUCUGUCCUCCAACACAGAAGAAGAAAGUUCACGGUACUAGGCAACCAAAGCAAACUGUCACUUGUUAACUGGCGUCUGGAAAACAACACGUUUGAACAACAAAUUCAUCAGAGAAUCUCACAUCGUUCAGCAUCGCAAACAUGUCCUGUACUACUAAUAACAACUCCAAGCCGAAGUCCAUUAGCAGAGCCAAAGGAUGGACGGCAGAGGUGGAAAACCUAUUCAGAUUCCAGCAGGCGGGCUACAGAGACGAACUGGAGUACAUUCAAGUCAAACAAGGGGCUUUGAUCGACAAAUGGCCAGAGACCGGCUUUGUGAAGAAGCUGCAACGUCGAGACGACACAUUUUAUUACUACAACAAGAAAAGGGAAUGUGAGGACCGCGAUGUCCACAAAGUCAAAGUCUAUGCAUAUUAAGGUGUUCUGGACUUUAUCCAUGUAUCAUUAUGAUACAACGGUAGCCCGUCAACACACAGUAUGGGCACAAACACACCCAUUUUGAAGAAGAAAUAAAGGAAAACUGCAUUUGA